AUGAAGCAUUCACCCAUUUUGAAUCUGAAGGAAGGAAAGGUCCGGGGAAGAAUAAGAAAACUUGAUAAUGGCAAGGAGUUUUAUAGCUUCAAAGGAAUCCCAUACGCACAGCCACCAGUGGGAAGCCUUCGAUUCAAGGCCCCGCUUCCCCCCAAACCCUGGUCGCAUGUCCUAGAUGCUGCGGAACACGGAGCUACUUGCCCACAAUGGGAUAUGGUGGCUUUGAAAUUUAGAAAAGGAGAAGAGAAUUGUUUAUUCAUCAAUGUUUACACUCCCACUCUACAAACUGACUCCAAAUUACCUGUGAUGGUGUAUAUCCACGAGGGAGGCUUUCAAUCAGGAUCUGGAAAUGAAAGAAUGUAUGGCCCAAAUUUUCUGAUAAGGCAUGAUGUUAUUCUUGUUACGUUUAAUUAUAGAUUGGAACUAUUAGGGCUUUUAUGUCUUGACACCCCUGAAGUUCCUGGCAACGCAGGUAUGAAAGAUAUGGUAGCAGCCCUGAGAUGGGUUCAAAAUAAUAUUAAACAGUUCGGGGGUGACCCAGAUAAUGUAACGAUUUUUGGAGAAAGUGGUGGAGCAGUUUCAGUGACUUAUCUUAUGCUAUCUCCGAUGGCUCAAGGCUUGUUUCAUAAAGCUAUUGCACAAAGUGGAUCCUGUAUUGCCGAUUAUGCAAUAGAUGUUAAUCCUGUACAGAGAGCUUUUCGAGUUGGAAAGGUCCUUGGGAAGGAUACGACAGAUCCUUAUGAGUUACUCACAUAUUUACAAAGCUUGCCUGCAGAAAAACUUCUGUAUUUGACGUUAAAAACUGCAACUAAGAGAGAAAAACUUGGUGGUCUGCCCAUUGUUUUUACUCCCGUCGUAGAAAAGAGGUUUGGUGAUAAUGAAGUAUUUUUGCCGGAAGACCCGUUAGAUAUAAUGUUAUCUGGAAAAUAUAAUCCUGUUCCUCUUAUAACCGGAUAUACUUCAUCAGAAGGAGCAGUAACAUUAAACGACGUGAUACCAAAGCUGGACUUUAUCAAUAAUUGUCCGUCCCUGUUGGUGCCUAAAGACAUUUAUAUAAAAAUUACAGAAGACAAGGCUUUGGAAUUUGGUGAAAGAAUCAAGCAAUUCUAUUGGGGUGACAGGGAUUUAACAGCAGAUGAUGUUGAAAUAAUUGCUGAUUUGGAGUCAGAUAUUCAUUUUGUGAUGGCAACAUACAGGACAGCAGAUUAUUUUUCAAAAUACUGUAAGCACACCUUCCUGUAUAGAUUUGACUUGAAAACUGAACUGAAUUGGAUUUCAAAAUACUUUGGGCUGCCACCGGUCAAGGGAGUUCCUCAUGUUGAUGAACUGUUUUAUAUCUUUAGUAGCGAAUUAAAGAGAGACACGUAUGACAAACAUCCUGAGUUACAUAAAUAUGUCUACCUUAUGACAAAGUUAUGGACAAAUUUUGCAAAAACUAGGUACCUAUAUGUUUCACAUCUUUAA